CGAGUCGAUCGGUAGUAUUCGAUCCAGGUCCAGUUCCCGUAAAGCUGCCAAUCGAUGCUUCUUUCCUUCCUCUGACAUAGAUAGCGGGGUCUCGCCGUAGAUAAACAUGUGUGGUCCGGAUAUCCUCCGUCAGCAACAACAUUUUUGUGACAAUAUGUCACUGUUACGUGCUCAUACGUGUCGUCAAGGCUCCGUUUGUCUUCGAAGCUUUUUCUCUGCCAUCUCCAGAGCAGACUUGCACCGCAGAUCGAACUAAUUCACGUAUCCACGGGCUUCUACCUACAUUAACAACAACGAAAGUUGACUUAUUGCAUUAACUCAAACACCUUCGCCGAGGACGUCUGCUAAUGAGGAGGAGAUCGAAGCGGUUUUUUCGGGCUUGAAGUCUCAGAUGUAGCUAUUAGCGUUUGAGGACAGUCUUCGUGAGUACCCGCCUCCUUGGUUUUCUGGGCUAAUACUCCUUCACUUACUCGUGCAACGACUGCAUCCCAAAUGCCUCGCCUUACGCUACAAGACCUUUUGAAUCCAGCCCCUUCCGCCCCGAGGCCGUCCAAUGACACCAAUCCGCGCAUUGAUUCUGCUCGUUGCAGCUCUCCAAGCCCAAGUCUGGACCUUCCUGCGCACUUGGACAACACUGACAGGCAGCUCAUUCAUGAAAACUUGUGGUUGAACAGGAAGACUACGCUUUCCAGAGUGUACCGCUACCCCCUCGCCGCAACUGUAGAAUACCCGGAGACUGGCUCCACCUCUGACCACGCGGUUGGUCAUUUGUUUGAGCUGGAUCCCGAAUACUGGUAUAAUCGAGCCAACGAUUUCGCCUACUCUCGGGGAGACCCUCGUGGGAUUGAUAGAUGUCCAAGUAUGAUACACUUGUUGGUUAGUUCUCAAACGGGGCAACCUGUGCCCUGUACGGUACGACAUUCAACCUGUACGUAGAUUAGAUUACUUUACAAUAAACGUUCCUCACAUGCA